AAAAAAAAAAAAGUACAAGCGAAACAAUUGUGGUUUUCUCCUGCGAUACACAACAGCUGCAUAAAUUUGGUCCUUCUACUGCGCUGCUUUGUGACUGCGCAAUGGUGGCGAAGAAAGGGAGCAGGGGAGGAACGGUAGGCGAUGAUGCAGGUGAGGAACUGUCACGCGAUCCUCUGCAGGCCAUCCUCUUGGCCGAUAGCUUCGCCACUCUCUUCCGCCCUAUCACUCUCGAACGCCCUAAGGUACUGCUACCACUGGUGAAUGCGCCUAUGAUUGAGUACACCUUGGCGUGGCUUGAGUCGGCUGGAGUUGAGGAGGUUUUUGUGUUUUGCUGUGCUCAUUCCAAGCAAGUGAUUGAAUAUUUGGAAAAGUCCAACUGGCUCAAUCAGCCAAACUUUUCGGUUUCUACAAUAGAGUCUUACAAUGCCAUGAGUGCUGGAGAUGCUCUACGGUUGAUAUAUGAGAAGAAUGUGGUACAUGGAGAUUUUGUUCUUGUAACUGGGGAUACUGUGAGCAACAUGCCACUAACCCAGGCGCUUAAAGAACACAAAGAGAGAAAGAAAAGAGAUAGCAAUGCAGUAAUGACUAUGGUAAUCAAACAGUCAAAGCCGUCUCCAAUAACACAUCAAUCUCGUCUUGGAACAGAGGAGCUGUUUAUGGCAAUUGACCCUGAAACGAAAGAGCUCUUAUAUUAUGAGGAUAAGUCUGAUACUUCAAAAGGGACUCUCACUCUGGACAGGACUAUGUUGCUCGAUCGUUCUUCUAUAUCUCUUCACAAUGAUAAGCAGGAUUGCUAUAUUGACAUAUGUUCUCCAGAGGUUCUGAGUCUUUUCACUGACAAUUUUGACUACCAGCAUUUACGCCGUCAUUUUGUCAAGGGGUUACUUGUUGAUGAUCUUAUGGGUUACAAAAUUUUCACCCAUGAAAUUCAUUCAAGUUAUGCCGCAAGGGUGGAGAACUAUAGGAGCUAUGAUACUAUUAGUAAAGAUAUAAUACAGAGGUGGACUUACCCCUUGGUUCCUGACAUUCAGUUUCUUCAGAAUAGUCUGACAAAACUUGAAAGACGUGGAACUUAUCGUGCUUCAGAUGUAGGUCUCUCACGUUCUGCCAAAAUGGGCCCCUUUACUGUUAUUGGAAGUCGCACCACUAUUGGAAAGCACUCAGAAGUUUCCAAUUCUGUCAUUGGUGAGGACUGUGUAAUUGGAUCAAAUGUUUCAAUUGAUGGAUGUUACAUAUGGAAUAAGGUGAACAUUGAGGAUGGCUGUAGAUUAAAGCAUGCAAUAGUGUGUGAUGGGGUGACCAUGAAGUCUGGAGCGGUCCUUGAAGCUGGUGUUGUAUUAUCUUUCAAGGUCAUAAUUGGGCAAAAUUUUGUUGUGCCUGCUUACUCUAAGGUUUCUCUACUCCAACAGCCUGUCAGACAAGACAGUGAUGAAGAGCUGGAAUAUGCUGAUAAUAGUAGUGGGAACAUAGAAAUCACAUCAGUACCUAAUACUACUGAUGUGUUGGAGGAGGAGUUGAGGACUGAGGUAUCUGAUUUGCAAAUUCAGGCUGCAUCUGAGGUUGGUGGGGCUGGUUUCAUCUGGUCAGUUGGUGAAAAAGGCCUUGAAGAAGAAUGGAGGCAUUCAGUGGCGCCGAUUUCUGCAGAUCGACUUCUUGAAAUAAUCAAAUCUGCGACCAAUGAACUGGAUACAUCAAACGAAGAAAGCAACAUUCUUCCACCUUCAGGAGAAUUGGGACUUGAUUCUGGUAAUGAAUCUGAUGAUGGUAGAGAUGAUCAUGCUCAUUUUGAAAAAGAGGUUGAAGCAACGUUUCUAAGGGCUAUAGAUGAAAAUGUAGAAGAAGACCAUAUAAUAAUAGAAGUUAACUCGCUGAGGCUGUCAUACAAUAUGGCUUCUACUGAUUGUGCUGGCGCUUUGUUCUAUGCUAUAAUGAAGUAUGCCGUGGACACUCCACAUGAUUCUGCAGGAGAACUACUUAAAAUUACUAAUGGUGUGAUUGGAAAAUGGGAAAAGCUUUUGAAGUACUAUCUGCCAAGCUUAGAUGAAGAGAUUGAGGUGAUACUGAAAUUUGAAGAAAUGUGUUUAGAGUCUACAAAAGAAUAUGCAAAUCUAUUUUCCCAGAUUUUGCAUCUUCUCUACGACAAAGACAUUUUGCAAGAAGAUGGUAUACUACGCUGGGAAUCGGAAAAGGAACAGGCUGAUGAGUCCGAUAAGGUUUUCGUGAAGAAGGCAGAGAAAUUUUUACAGUGGCUUAAGGAUGCAUCGGAAGAAGAAGACUGAGGGUAGGUAGAGUUGGCAACGCAUUUUUGCUCGUUGAUAGCUUAGGUGCAAUGGAAAUUGAGCUCGAUCUUCUGAAAUGAAGAUCUGAGAGGUUUUUCGUGUGUUUCCCCUAAGCCUAUCAGUUGAAACUAUAUACUAACAGUUUUUUCUCAAGAUUGUCGACUAUAUUGUUACUUGGUUUUAGGUAUAAUUGCAAGUAUACAUAUGUUUAUUCUA